CUAUCAGAGAAAGCGAAUUUCAAGCACCAGUGCCGGGGACAUUGAUGUGUCCACACGGCGAUGUCGACGGUUGGCGAGAAGGUGCCGUUGAGGCACUUCAUUACUCGAAGCAGCUACGAAGGAGCCUGGAACAAGGAGGUAAACAUGAUGGAUGGCUUCGGCACCUAUAACUAUCCGGACGGGAGUGAGUAUCGCGGCCGGUUCCAUCAUGGCCAGUUCCAUGGGUUCGGCCAGUUGCGCCUGGCGCAGCCCUAUCGCUUCACCAUCAAGGGAGUGUUCGAGCAUGGCAAACUAGUGAGCAUCGAGGACAUGUGGUUCCCCGAUGGACUGCAUGUCCAGGGCCAGUUCGCUGGCAACGACUUUGACUCCUCGGAUUGGGACUAUCUGACGUCCAAGGACCGACGCUACCAGGCCGAGCGACGGUACAACCAGCCGCCCGUGGGUCCGACCGCCUAUGUGACGAGCAGUAUAAAGUCACGUCGCGUCCUUAAGGACUGCUACGAUGCGGAGGAGGGUAUCUACAAUCCGAAAACGGGUUGGCUGUUGGAUCGACCGCCGCCAUUCGCCAGCAGCAUCUACGUUGGCAGUCCGAGCGACAAGGCCUGGAUCCUGCGCCACUGCCGCCACGCUCGUGCUGAUCAGAUCUUCGAGCCAAAGCCAUACUUCUGUCGCCGCAUCAUGGCCAACAACCUGCUGACGGAGAAGUCCCAGCUGCCCACAACGGACAUCUAUGCGCCCAACUUCAGGCUGGAACGCAACCACCAGUUUUGCAAGGAAAAAGGAAAAUCCAAGCCCAAAACGGAUCGCUAUGAUCCACACUCCAUAGCCAAGGCCACGAAGCAGUGCAUCUCUGCCUAUGAGCGGAUGCUCAGUGAUUUGAAAGCCUUUCACUUUGGUGAGACGGAGACCACGACCACAAUGGUGAAGCCCCGUCAGUGGACCAGCAGCUCGGGUGUGCAGCCCGUGGAUUCCGUCGGGGCAUUCAGCUGCCUGUCCGAUAGCUUUUCCUUAGAGCCGGUCCCUUUGGACCUCAAGGAGAUCUACGACACGGCCAAUGUCAUGAUGAACAAACAGACGGCCACGGACAAUUUCAGCGUUGUGCAAUCCAAUAUGAUUCGCCGAUCGAGCUUUAUGGAAAGGUCGCGUUCUCGCUUUGAGUUUUAAAUGGCUGCCAUAUGAAAUGUGUAUAAGGAGUGCGCAAGCUGGCCCAUUGAGGGAGCAGUGGUGAACAGCAGUAACAGCGGAUCAGCAGUAGAUGGACAGCAGUCGACACCAAGCUGUUACCAAGGCUUAUAGGACGACUGAUGCCCCUGUAGGCUGGAGGAUUUUGGGUGGGAGCCGAGCAGGGGCUAAAUAUCUUCCAAUGAAGGGUUAGGGGAAAGCUGUCAAGUUCCAAUUUUAUACUGUUCUAAAUAUAUUUUUAAGACUUCUCUUAUUUUAUAAACGAUAA